ACAAGACAAGGCAACGUCAUACAACCCAAAUCCACAAUUUUGAUAAAUCUAGCAGUGGGUUUUGGUUUGGUUCAAGUCUUGAGAUAACUUGAGAGAGCCGAGGGAAGAAGAAAGAGAAGAAGCGAUGGGUUUUGUCUUAAGCUGUACUUGUCCCCCUUCCUCCUCGCUCCUUGUCGUCUCUCAGCUCCACCAUCGUCACCAGUUUUCUGCCGGAGUGAAAAGCUGCGACCUUUGGCGCCGUCCUCAGUUAUCUCCUCCGACCCGUAGAACCCUAAUUUCGAAACCACGUUGUUUCAAUCUCCCUCAAGAACCCAUUCUCUCCGAGGCUCUCAAGGAGCCAAUUGCAUUUGUGGGUGGGAUGUUUGCUGGACUUUUAAGACUUGAUUUAAACGAAGAGCCGCUUAAAGAUUGGGUGACUCGAACUGUUGAAGCUUCCGGUAUUAUGGAAGAGGGAGAUGAUGCGGAUGGGACGGUCUCCAAUGACCAAGAAGCUCCUCAACAGAUUGAGAUUGAAUGAGGUCUGCGUUCUAUUAGAAUGAUAUCUCCCUGUCUCUUCUCGUUACAUCAAAGUCAUUCUUUUACCGCAACUGUGAUUUUGGUUCUGCAGUGACCAUCUGCGAGGAUCUUUUGUAAUGUAACCUUGUCUUCUUUAUGUAAAAAGAAACAGAAAUCCAAAGAAUAAUGCUUCAUCUUGAUAUCUA